GAGUUUUAGUGCUGCCUGCUUUCGUGCCCUGAAGAGGAGGUGCUGCAGAAAAGAGGGAGACAAGGGAAUCAAAGUUAUCUGAAGUGUAGUGCUUGUGUUUGCCCUGUGCUGGUUUCAACAGGCAGAGCGAGGAUCCGUGCCAGGUCUACAGCUCAUCUGAAAUACAUUAAACUUUGGAGAAGAAUCAUCCUCUGUAAUCUGGGAUCCUAUUUGCUGUAAAAGGAACACCCAUAUAUGCAGCAGCAGCUCCUCUAUUUGGGGGUUUUCAGUGCAAAUAUUUUCCAAACUCCAGUUGCGGGAAAGACUGAAAGAUCUUGAAGCUGUGCUCUUGCAAUUUGGAGUUAUUUUACUGCAGAGGACUGCUUUGACAGAAGUUCUGAAUAAUAGCAAAACAUCAGCCAUAUUACUUUUCUAAGGCGUGCGCCCGAAGGUAUCCAAGGACAAGUGAGAAGCUGCAGAAUAAAUACAGGAAACACCUGAAGGAAGCACAUCUCCAAACAUACACACAUCUGACAGCUCUGACGUUUUCUAGAAAAUAAAGCAUGUCUCGUUGGGGAAAAAAGAAUGUGAAGAAGGCACCUGAAGUGAUUCGCACUGUGACCGAGGGGCUUAAGUCUCUGUACCGCAAAAAACUCCUGCCACUGGAGCAAUACUAUGGCUUUCAUGACUUCCACUCUCCCAGUCUGGAGGAUGCAGACUUCGAUAACAAACCUAUGGUACUGGUUGUUGGACAGUACUCUACUGGAAAGACCACAUUCAUCAAGUACCUGUUGGAGCAGGAGAUUCCUGGAAGUCGGGUGGGACCUGAGCCCACCACUGACUGCUUCACAGCAAUCAUGCAUGGGGAUGUGGAGGGAGUAAUUCCUGGGAAUGCUCUUAUUGUUGAUCCCAACAAGCCUUUUCGAAAACUCAACCCUUUUGGAAACACAUUUCUCAACAGGUUCCAGUGUGCCCAGAUGAACAACCAGGUUCUGGAGAGCAUCAGCGUCAUAGACACGCCUGGAAUCCUGUCUGGGGCCAAGCAGAGAGUGAGUCGAGGUGAGAGAGACCGCAAAGGCUAUGACUUCCCAGCAGUGCUGCGCUGGUUUGCUGAGCGCGUGGACCGCAUCAUUUUGCUGUUUGAUGCACAUAAACUAGAAAUUUCUGAUGAGUUCUCUGAAGCCAUUGGUGCAUUGAAAGGCAAUGAAGAUAAGCUUCGUGUUGUGCUGAACAAGGCUGACAUGGUGGGCACACAGCAGCUCAUGAGAGUCUAUGGCGCUCUGAUGUGGUCCCUGGGGAAAGUCUUUGGAACCCCUGAGGUUCUGCGGGUCUACAUUGGGUCUUUCUGGUCUGAGCCCCUGAUGGUCGCAGACAACCGUAAACUGUUUGAGCUGGAGGAGGAGGACCUAUUUGCAGACAUCCAGAACCUGCCUCGUAAUGCAGCGCUGCGUAAGCUGAAUGACCUGGUGAAGAGGGCACGACUGGUCAGGGUCCACGCACAUAUUAUUAGUUAUUUGAAACAAGAGAUGCCCUCUGUCUUCAGGAAAGAUAAUAAAAAGAAAAACUUAAUUUACCAACUUCCAGUCAUUUUCUCCAAGAUCCAACUGGCACACAACAUCUCAGCAGGGGAUUUUCCUGACUGUGCAAAAAUGCAGGAACAACUAAUGGUCCAUGACUUCACCAAAUUCAAAACCUUGAAACCAAAUCUGAUGGCUGCCCUAGAUGAGCUGCUGUCCUCUGACAUUGCCAAACUGAUGCCCCUUCUGCGACAAGAAGAGCUAGAGGCAGGGGACCAGCCUGGGGUACAGGGAGGGGCCUUCCUGGGCACCCGUGUUGGACCCUUUACUGAGGGAGACCCCUUUGCUGAGGAGAAUGGAGAGGCAGAAGAGGAGGAGGAUACUUGGGUAGUGACCAAGGACAAACCAAAAUAUGACGAGAUCUUCUACAACCUGGCUCCCAAUGAGGGGAAACUGAGUGGUACCAAGGCCAAGGACUGGAUGGUGAGUUCCCGCCUUCCCAACUCAGUACUGGGCCGGAUCUGGAAGCUGUCGGAUGUGGAUCGUGAUGGUAUGUUGGAUGAUGAAGAAUUUGCCCUGGCAAGUCACCUGAUUGAAGUCAAACUGGAGGGGCAUGGUCUGCCCCCUGAGCUGCCCUCUCGGCUUGUACCCCCAUCCAAACGCAGACAAAAGGGGUCAGAUGCAUAAAGACUCUCAGCAUUAUUUUACCUAUGCUACUGUUUCUUUUUACCCAUGCUGAAAUGCUUGAGAUGCUGUAUGCAAUUUCUCCUUUCUUUUUUAUUUAAGUGCACCAUUGCCCUAGAUUUCACAACUGAUCGUUUUGUUAAGAGAGAACAGUGCUUGUAUCUUCUGCUUGGCCUUGAGGUUUCCUUGUGAGUAAUAAGUUCUUAAAAUGUCUGUUUGGUAAGCAGAAGUUUGACGCCCUCUGAGAGAGCUAUUAUUUAAUAUAAUCUAAAGAAAUGUUAAGUAUUACAAAUAUUUUGACUAAACAUUCCUUCAGUGAUUAGACCUGACAUUCUGAUUUAGUACAUGAUUAUUUUAACUAAUGACAUCAGUUUUACCAAAUAAUAAGUUGCAAAUUUAAUAUCUCACCUAUCUGUGCUAACCCUUUCAAAACUAUAUAUUAUUUUUAUAUUGUUGCAAAUACUUUGUAUGUAACAUGCUGAAACUUUUGAACUAGACUGAAUAUACUGACUACUGUGCACCUCCUCACCAAAUGUUAAUAACGUAAACAAAUAAACUUAUGACUGUG